CAAAAUGAGUCAUAGUUACGUUUCCAUUAAGUCUGUACAGUCCUGCAGAGACCACGAAAAGUUUUGACAAGUCACAUACCAUUAGAAAAACCACCAGUCAGCUGUUCUUGGAAGUAACCAGUUCCACAAACCUGCAGACUUGUAAAAAUGUGAUGGACCGUUUGAUUGUGCGAAUGGCAGAACUGAACAAGUUCACCUUCGAAAACAAGGAGCAGGAGUUUGUAUCUGAUGAUGUGGCUGAAGUGACUAAAGACCUAACUGAAGACCAACCAGAAGCUGUGGAUCUGCCCGCGAUUAUGAUGACCAGUCCUGAACUGAUAGUGAGACAAGUGCGGGUUGUGGAUGCAGAAGGGAACCUGAAGGUUGUUUACCCAGCCAAAACUGACUUAAACGUGGAUGUCCAUAAUGUAACAGUAAUCCGAUAGUUCCCCCACACAAUUUUUUGCCACAAUUUUGCACUACUUAUGUUUGGGGUUUCAUUUUUUUUUUUAAAAUAUGUACCAUUAACACACUUUCUGUUGAAGCUGCUGGUUUUGACUGGAAUAUUUCCUGGGUGGGGUCUCUGGCUCCUUAAGUAAUUGGCCACUAUUCAUUUAGUGGCAACUGUACAACUACAGAGGAUGUCACACCAAGUGUACAACCAUUUUCAGCAUUGUUUUCACCUGUCUCUUCUAGAUUGUACGUUUGAAUUGACUGUUUAGUCUCUCAAGAAAUGUUUGUUUGCAUGAGCCAGAGAAGGGUGAAGGGAGAACCCCUAAGUGUACCUCACAAUAUAGAUCAUGAGAGUAGGGAGAGAAAGAGCAAAACCAGACAAUAUUGCAAUGUGGUAUAACUCAGUAACAUCAACCCAGGAAGCUUCAGCGAAUGGGUCAUCUUAGUUAUCGGUGGAGUGAGCAAAGUAUUUCAACGAAAAAUGUCUGUUCCAGCUUACACCCCUGGUUUUGUAAAUAAAUGGCAACAAUGUUCUGCCAACUUUGUUCAAAAUGGUCAAUUAAUGUUACUGCCAUUGUACAGCUUUCAAAAUAUAAUCUGAUGUAGUUACUCAUUUAUUUUAUCAUUUUUCAACUCCAUCCUUUCAGUUUUUUGCUUCAGAAAUUGGCACUGAGUUAAGUUGUACCUUGGUCUGUUUCUGCAGUGUUUAACAAUGCCAGCGUUCCUGUAUGAAGGGACUAGAUUGGUGGUGGUGUCAUGGAAUGAAAAGAUAAGUGGCAUGGACAAUGAGAUAAAUCCAUUCUGAUUAUGCUGUAUGUAUUAAUAAGCCAAUGCUGGAAAUAAAACAGACACCAUUGGUAAA